GCAGUUCAUUCCCAUAUAUUCGUGCGAAAGGUAGGGAUUACGGUGUGAUCCUUGUGUUCGGGUACGCAAUAAAGUUUUAAAUUUUUAAACGAAAUGGCAACGCGGCAUUCCCUUGCAGCGUUGUCGCUGUUAAUAGCAGUAUUUGCGCAUAACUGCUAUGCUGAAGAAUCGACAGUUUUAGCGGUCUCAGGAUCACCAUUUAAGAAUGAUCUCGCUUAUAUGUUUUAUAAAGAAGGAUCGCAAAUUGGAGCUGAAACAUUUAAUGCUACACUCAGAGCAUACGAUGACUCUAAAUGCCUAAGGGAUAUUGAUCGCAUAUCACAAGCACUUGAUGAAUACUACGAAUGGGCUAUUGAGUUUCCCGACACAUGGGGUCGACUACCUAUUGGCUUGAUGUGGGGCCAUUCAUUGAGUUUCGGUGCCUAUGAAGAAUGUGUUGCCGCUUCUUGGGAAUUCAGUAAAGACGAUGUAUUGCGCGGUCAGUACUGCCUAGCACGAGUACCAAUUAAAAAAUAUAUGGAUGCGAUUAAGACACGUGAUUCGACGGCUCAAGCAAGGAUCACUUACAAAUACGAAAGACCCGAAGUAUUCGAAUUGGGUAUAUGUAUACCUAGUUCAUGUUCAGCUGAACUAGGUAACAAAAUAUUGACUGGAGUAAUGAAUAAAUACUACGAUGCUGGAAUUUCUUCAACUAUGGUCGGCGAACAAUACUGUAGAUAUGAGCAACCCGUGAAACUACGUGUUAUCGACAUUUUUGCUAUUGUUUUCUUCAGCUUCAUUGUUUUCUGCAUGUUAGCCAGCAGUGUUUACGAUUAUAUUAAAACGAAAAAUAAUGAACCGAAAAAGCCACUCUUCAUUUCAUUCUCUGUACUCACUAAUGCUCCAAAGAUUUUUACUGUCAAAAAGAGCAAUAAUCCCAAUGUCAUUCAAUGCCUCAAUGGUUUGCGUUGUUUCUCAAUGAUGUGGGUUGUAUUUGGUCAUGGUUAUAUGACUUUCUACGAGCUACCUCAUAUUAACAAAGAUAAAAUCUAUACCUGGAUCGAAACUCCAUACUCCAUGUUAGUCCAAAAUGCUACACUCUGUGUGGAUACAUUCUUUUUCAUGUCUGGUCUAUUGAUGUUAUGGGGCGCCUUCCGCGAAAUGGAACGCACUAAGGGAAAACUUAACAUAGGUUUGAUGUAUUUCCAUCGUUAUAUUCGUUUGACUCCAGUGGUAGCUGUUGUUAUUCUCUACAUUAUGUCACUUUAUAAAUACUCGGGUCAUGGUCCUAUGUGGAUGAAGAUCGGAACUCAAGAUGAUCGUUGUUCGGACACAUGGUGGGCAACUCUGUUGUAUGUACAAAAUUAUGUCUUCCCUAAGAAGAUUUGCAUCAGUCAGUCAUGGUACUUGGCUGUCGAUACACAGCUCUACGUUCUUUCACCACUAAUCCUUAUUCCACUUUGGAAAUGGGGUAAAAAGGCGCUCGCUCCAAUCAUUAUUUUUGGCCUUCUUUGUAUGGGCUGCACUUUCGCUACCUUCAUGUAUUGGAAAUUCACUCUCUUCCGUGUGGAGGAUGAUCAUGUUGAUGAUCGCCAACGUUUGACCUACUAUCCAACGCACACUCGUGUACCCACUUGGUUGAUUGGUGUCAUAUUUGGUUACUUCUUGUAUACUAAGAAUCGUGGUAGGCAAAUUCCAUUGGCUAAAAAAUGGGUCAUUACCGGUUGGGUGUUGGCAUUUGGUGUUAUGUUGACCGAUAUGUGGGGACCGUAUUGGCGUAUCCUACCAGAGAACCCCAGUGCACCAAUUAUUGAAGGUGCAUUUUACGAACCAUUAAGUCGUGCUUCUUGGGCCGUCGCUAUCGGUUGGAUUGUGUGGGCCUGCUACAAUGGCCAUGGUGGUAUCAUUAAUGAUUUCCUUUCAUGGGGCUUCUUCACAGGCUUCAGCCGUCUCACAUACUGCAUGUAUGUAAUCCACAGAAUUGUUCAACUGGUAAAUGGUGGUCGUAUUCAAACCGAUACCCACUUUGGCGAUUACGAAAUGAUUCUUCGCUGGUGGCACGAUUUCGGUAUUUCCCUAACGCUUUCCAUAUUUGCCACAUUGGCUUUUGAGGCACCUAUUUUGGGCAUUGAGAAGGCAAUAUUUGGACAUGGUGAAAGUAAACCAGCACCUAAAAAAGUAGAACCAACAUCUGCUCCUACUCCCACCGCGACUGAAGUUACAGUUGAAGUGACCAAAGCUUAAGAACGACCAGCAGAAUUAUGGUCACUACUCGAGUAUUCUAAUAAGUUCAGAUAGAUAUUAGCCAAAGAAUCAUUACCAUAAAAUGAAAUUCAUUUAAUGAAAACAAGUAGUCGUAUUAUAUACGUUUUAUAAUGUUAAAAAAAGUAAAUAAAUUGUAUUUAUUUAAAAAUAUUAACAUUAUGGAAUCAAGUUGAUUGCUUUUUUUUAUUAUUUCAUUUUACUUAAAUUAAGAUAAAUAACGGAGCUAAUCAACAACGUGAAUAUGUUAUGGUUCCUCACAACUUUAUUUUAAUGUUUAAUGUAUAUGUAUGAGAGUUUUAUUUGUACGUUUAGUCAAGUGAGUUUGUCAAGUAUAACGUGAAAUAUCUUUGAAUAUUUAAAUAAAUCUCGCACUAUUUUAUGAUCAUCAUAUAUGUAUAGCCAUCGAUCAUGGCCGGUAAAACCAAAUGCAUAUGCACACUUAAAGAAUUUUUCCGAAGAGUAGAUGAGUCAAGCGAUAUAGCAAGCGCAAUAGUCAGUUUAUUUAUUUUUUGAAAAAAAAAACACUUUUAGACACGAUAUUGAAAUUGACUUCAACGAAUUUAUCUUCCACAACAAAAGUCUGUCACUAUCAGAGUGUAUGGAAGAUUAAACCCAUUUGAAUAGCUUUUUUUUGGUUGUUCGGCAUAAUUUCCAAUCAUGUGCAUCUGUUUGUUAAAGCAACAAAGAAAAUAACAACAGAAAACCACAUGAGAGAAGGUAAAUUACCGUAACCAAAAAAAUAGCACAAGUUAUCCUGCAAGCAGAGCAUUAUCAUUGUUUAACACUUGUGUGAGCAAAACAUUUGCUUUGAUUUUGUUCAAUUUAUUAGUUUCGAAUUGUGACAAUAAAAUUACCAUAUACAUAUAUACAUAUAUGAUGUGAUUAUUAAAAACAAAAUUUAAUACCUUCCUGGCAAUUUCUGCUGGUUUUUCAUUUCUUUAUUUUUUCGUUGAACAUUAUUGCGCCUCGCUCAAAAGCAUCGAGGACAUGUAUCCUAUUUUAAUACUGAUUUUAAAAAUAUUGUGCAACCAAUAAGAACUUAAAAUUACCUGAGAAUACACAACUGUUUAGCAACAAAAAAAUAAAAAUAAAUGUAUAAGAGACCAUUUGUGUUUUAUGCAGAGCAGUACAUUUCCUACGAGCUGUGAGUUUUGCAACUUGAAAUGAUUU